AUGAUUCCUCUCCACAAAGUCCAAACUACUCACAUAUUCCACGAGCAGCUUCUCCGUUGCUCCAUGCUUUUCCUCAGCAAAAACCACGCCUUAGCAAUACCUCUUAUGGAAGGUCUUCUCCGAUACUGGCCAUUUGGAAACUCACUCCCCCCCUUUAAAUUAGAACAAAAUAAAGGUAAAAUUUCCACUUUUUUAGUAAAUUAACCCCUUUUAAAUUGGAACAAAAUUUAAUUUUAUAAUAAAAAAUUAUAUAUAGUGAACUACACUGACUGGCACGGGGUGCUUUUGGCUCAGUUUCGAGCCAAAAGCACCCCAUGCCAGUCAGUGUAGUUAACUAUAUAAUUUUUAUCUAAAAAGUUUUGAUAUAAGUUAAAUGCUUCUUCUUAACUAAAAUUAAAAAUUUAGUUAUAUCUUGCUAUUGUUUAAAGAAAAGAGUAUAAAGAGUAUCUUAUUUAAUAAAUUUAUUAUCCUUAAUUGUUAAAUUUUAAAAAAAAAUUAAUUUUUCUUUUUAACAAUUUUCCAAAUUUAUAAAAAUGAUAUUUUUUAUUUAAAUAGUUUUGAUAUAAAUUCAACUCGAAUUCUUUAUAAAAUUUUAAAAUUUACUUAUUUGCUGCUUUAUUUUAAAGAAUAGAGUAUAAAUAACAUCUUAUUUAAACAAAAUUAGAUAUUUGAUCGAUAAAUUUUUCCAAAAUAUUUUUUUUAUUUUUUUUUAUCAAUAAAAAUAAUAAUUUUUGUGUAAAUAAUUUUGAUACCAAUUAAUAGUGGCGUAUUAACUAAUAAUGAAAAUUUAGUUAUAUUUUGCUUUUUUAUAAAGAAUAAAGAUAAAUAUCAAUUUAUUAAACAAAUUUAUUGAUCUAAUUUGAUAAGUUUUUGAAAUUUUUAUAUGAAUUUUUUUUUUAUAAAAAAUUUUAUGUUGAUAUUGUUUUUAAAAACAAAAAUUAACCCCCUUUAAAUUGGAACAAAAUUUUUUGUUCCAAAUUUAAAGGGGGGGGAGUCAGUUAAAGAAACUUUAUAUUUAACAGAGCUCCAAGAAGUCCUCGAAGUCUGCGAACUGGCGAAACUUGAACCUUUAAUCCCAAAACUCUUUAAAAGGCUUGCUAGAUGUAUUUCUGGACCUCAACUUCAGGUAGCUGACCGUGCUAUGUGUUUCUUUGAAAAUGACUACUUUUUAGGGAUUUUGCGUACCUUUAAACAAGUCACUUUUCCAAUGGUCGUCCCUGUUAUUGUAGAACUAGCCGAAACACAUUGGCAUAAAAUACUUCAAGAAUCGUUAAAUGCACUUAAGGUGAUUUUGAAAGAAAUUGACCCUGUGGCUUUUGAUAGAGCUCUACAAACCGGAUCAAGAGAUCUGGCAAGGGCAAAUUCGUUGGGCACUAUGCAUAACUUGCCGGCAAGGGCUACGACUGAAGCGAAGUGGGAUGCACUUGCUGCGAAAGCAAAAGCGAUUGAUCCGAGAUUUAAAGCUCCUUGUGUGCCUUAUGUAGAUUCUCAUGUAGUAGGGCUGAAUAAUAUGAAUGGAAUUAUGCUGACGAGCCAAAAUUUAAUUCCGCCUACUUAA